AUGGAUGCUGGAAAAGUUUCUUCUUCAUUCACCCCAGGAUUACAAAAAUCUGCUAGCAAUGCUUCGAGCAGUCGAAAUUCUGCACAACUUCUUAACCUGCGUACACAAGCCUUACUGGAGCAACAAGAUGGCCCAAUUGUUGACAGUGAUAUCCCUAAUCUUGAUGAUAACAUGUCACCAACCACCAAUCCUGUUACAAUUGACCCCAUCCUUGAUGAUAUCAAGGUUGAAUACCAUCCACAGAGUGGGAAACCUACUCAUGUCUAUCACUUUGAGGAUUAUACCACAUCUUCUGAAGGCACAGCUAAUAUGCCAGUUGAUCCAGAACCGUGGAGACCAUUUCGAUCACGCCUUGAUUUCGAGAUUGCUCAGCCUUAUCAGGCCUGA